AUGGCCGCGGCGGCGGGCGGCGGCGGCGGGCCGGGGGCGGCGGCGGGCGGCGCGGGGGCGGGCGGCGCGGCGGUGGCGGCGGGCCUGGCGGCGUCCCGGCGGAAGGACGGGGGCCCGGCCGGCAAGUUCUGGGAGAGCCCGGAGACGGUGUCCCAGCUGGACUCGGUGCGCGUGUGGCUGGGCAAGCACUACAAGAAGUAUGUCCACGCGGAUGCGCCCACCAAUAAGACGCUGGCGGGGCUGGUGGUGCAGCUCCUGCAGUUCCAGGAAGACGCCUUCGGGAAGCACGUCGCCAACCCGGCCUUCACCAAGCUCCCGGCUAAAUGUUUCAUGGAUUUCAAAGCUGGAGGUGCCUUGUGUCACAUUCUUGGGGCUGCUUACAAGUAUAAGAAUGACCAGGGCUGGCGGAGGUUUGAUCUACAGAAUCCGUCCCGAAUGGAUCGUAAUGUUGAGAUGUUUAUGAAUAUUGAAAAAACAUUGGUGCAGAGCAAUUGUCUGACCAGACCCAACAUCUACCUCAUUCCAGACAUUGACCUGAAGUUGGCCAACAAAUUGAAAGAUAUUAUCAAACGACAUCAGGGCACAUUCACUGAUGAGAAGACGAAAGCUUCCCACCACGUUUACCCACAUCUUUCCUCACAAGAGGACGAGGAGUGGCUGCGCCCCGUGAUGCGGAAGGACAAGCAGGUGCUGGUGCACUGGGGGUCGUACCCGGACAGCUAUGAUACUUGGGUCCAUAGUAAUGAUGUUGAUGCGGAAAUUGAAGAUCCACCAAUUCCAGAAAAGCCGUGGAAGGUUCAUGCAAAAUGGAUUUUGGACACUGAUGUGUUCAACGAAUGGAUGAAUGAGGAAGACUAUGAGGUGGAUGAGAACAGGAAGCCCGUGAGUUUUCGACAGCGAAUUUCCACAAAGAAUGAAGAGCCAGUCCGAAGUCCCGAAAGGAGAGACAGGAAGGCAUCAGCUAGUACCCGGAAACGGAAGCACUCGCCUUCCCCGCCACCCCCCACGCCCACAGAGUCCCGGAAGAAGAGCGGGAAGAAAGGCCAAGCUGGUCUCUAUGGGAAGCGCAGGAGUCAGAAAGAGGAAGAGGAACAGGAAGACCUCACCAAGGACAUGGAGGACCCUACACCUGUGCCCAACGUCGAGGAAGUGGUGCUCCCCAAAAACGUAAAUCCAAAGAAAGAUAGCGAGAACACGCCUGUGAAAGGAGGAACUGUUGCCGACCUAGAUGAGCAGGAUGAAGAAGCAGUCACAACAGGACUGAAGGAAGAUGACGACCCCAGCAAAGGUGAUCCGAGUCGGUCGGUGGACCCUGGCGAAGAUAACGUGACGGAACAGACCAAUCACAUCAUCAUUCCUAGCUACGCAUCCUGGUUUGAUUACAACUGUAUUCACGUGAUCGAACGGCGUGCGCUUCCUGAGUUUUUCAAUGGAAAGAACAAGUCCAAGACUCCAGAGAUAUACUUGGCGUAUCGCAAUUUUAUGAUUGACACGUAUCGCCUGAACCCCCAAGAAUACCUGACCAGCACCGCUUGUCGGAGGAACUUGACUGGAGACGUGUGCGCUGUGAUGAGGGUGCACGCCUUCCUGGAGCAGUGGGGCCUUGUCAACUACCAGGUGGACCCGGAGAGCCGGCCCAUGGCGAUGGGCCCCCCCCCUACGCCUCACUUCAACGUGCUGGCGGACACCCCCUCUGGGCUCGUGCCUCUGCACCUGCGAUCGCCUCAGAUCCCUGCUGCGCAGCAGAUGUUAAAUUUCCCCGAGAAGAACAAGGAAAAGCCAAUUGAUUUGCAGAACUUUGGUCUCCGAACUGACAUUUACUCAAAAAAAACCUUGGCAAAGAGUAAAGGUGCCAGCGCCGGACGGGAGUGGACGGAGCAGGAGACCCUGCUGCUGCUGGAGGCCCUGGAGAUGUACAAGGACGAUUGGAACAAAGUGUCGGAGCACGUGGGCAGUCGGACUCAGGACGAGUGCAUCCUCCACUUCCUGCGGCUCCCCAUCGAGGACCCAUACCUGGAGAACUCGGACGCCUCCCUGGGGCCCCUGGCCUACCAGCCGGUCCCCUUCAGCCAGUCAGGAAACCCCGUCAUGAGCACAGUAGCCUUCCUGGCCUCCGUGGUGGACCCCCGAGUGGCCUCUGCUGCAGCCAAAGCAGCUUUGGAGGAGUUUUCUCGGGUCCGGGAGGAGGUGCCCCUGGAACUGGUGGAAGCUCAUGUCAAGAAAGUGCAAGAAGCAGCUCGAGCCUCUGGGAAAGUGGACCCCACCUUCGGCCUGGAGAGCAGCUGCAUCGCAGGCACGGGCCCCGAGGAGCCGGAGAAGCUGGAAGGAGCUGAAGAGGAGAAAAUGGAGACAGAUGCUGAUGGCCAGCAGCCUGAAAAGGCAGAAAACAAAGGGGAAAACGAGCCGGAUGAAGGUGACAAAGCCCAGGAUGGAGACAAUGAAAAAACGAGCGAGAAGGAACAGGACAGUGAAGUUAGUGAGGAUAUCAAGUCAGAGGAAAAGGAGUCUGAAGAGAACAAGGAGCUCACUGACACUUGUAAAGACAGAGAAGGCGAGCUUGGGAAGAAGAAAGUGGAACACGAGAUUUCCGAGGGAAACGUGGCCACGGCCGCUGCAGCUGCUCUCGCCUCCGCUGCAACCAAAGCCAAGCACCUGGCGGCCGUGGAGGAGAGGAAGAUCAAGUCCCUGGUGGCGCUCCUGGUGGAGACGCAGAUGAAGAAACUGGAGAUCAAGCUCCGGCACUUCGAGGAGCUGGAGACGAUCAUGGACCGAGAGAAGGAGGCGUUAGAACAGCAGAGGCAGCAGCUGCUCACUGAACGCCAGAACUUCCACAUGGAGCAGCUGAAAUACGCCGAGUUGCGAGCCCGCCAGCAAAUGGAGCAGCAGCACGGGCAGAACCCUGCCCAGGGCCACCAGCACCCGGGGGGGCCGGGCCUGGCUCCUCUGGGAGCACCUGGGCACCCCGGCAUGCUGCCUCAUCAGCAGCCCCCACCCUACCCUCUGAUGCAGCACCAGAUGCCGCCGCCCCACCCGCCCCAGCCAGGUCAGAUGCCAGGCCCGGGUCCCAUGAUGCCGGGGCAGCCCCUGCCAGGCCGCAUGAUGCCCACCGUCGCAGCCAGCAUCCACCCCCCCGGGAGCGGCCCCGCCCCUGCUGGGAUGCCGCCGAUGCCAGGGGGCAUCCUAGGACCCCGGGUCACCCUCACGGCCCCCAAUGGCAUGUAUCCCCCGCCGCCGCAGCCGCCUCCUGCAGAUGGAGUCCCUCCGCCUCCUGCUCCAGGCCCACCCGCCCCGGCCGCGCCCUAG